AUGGGCAAAGCCGGGCGUUUUGCGUGUAUCCUCACGCCCAUGCUACUUACAGUGGCCUCGUUGAUAUGCUUCAUCAUUGUCAUGAUUGGUCAGGCUCCGUUGAAGGGCAACGAUGCACCAAGCACUGAACUUGGACGCGACCUAUACUUCUUCCAGGCGGACACCAGUAAAUUCACAGCCGACCCGCAAACCGUUCUCGACAAUGUUCCAGGUGUAGACCACAUCGACAACAGCUUCCUCAAUGCGAUCCAAGGCAGCGCAUCCUCUGGUGAACUCAAGGACUUCUACCAAGUUGGUCUCUGGUCUUACUGCGAGGGAGACAGGGACAAUAAUGGCAAAGAGACCAUCACCAAGUGCUCUGCGCGCAAGUUUCAGUUCCACUUUGACCCUGUCGAGGUAUGGGGUCUGCAAAACACCACUGUGCAGGACGUUCUCGGCGACAAGUUCCAAUCGGGCAUGAACACGUACAAGAAGGUUGCCGGAUGGAUGAACUGGGCUUUUGUCAUCACCGUCAUCUUGACCGCCGCUGAAUUCGUCAUUGGUUUCUUUGCCAUCUUCAGCAGGUGGGGUAGCCUCAUUACCACCAUUGUGAGCACCGCCCAAACCGUCUUUGCCAUUGCAGCCGCCGCAACCGCAACCGCACUCUACGGCACCCUCACCGGUGUCUUCAAGUCGGUCCUCGAGCCCUACAACAUCGAAGCCUCCAUGGGUAGCCAGAUGCUCAGCGUCCUCUGGCUCGCCGUCGCCUUCUCAAUUGCAAGCGGCUUCUUCUGGCUCAUCAGCGUAUGCUGCUGCAGCGGCAAGUCGCCACACAAGAAGGUCGUUGUGGAGAAGACGCCCUACACAUAUGAGCGUGUUGCCAGCCCUGCCUUUGGCCAGCAACAACAGGGCCACACUAGCUAUGCGGGUGCGGCCCACAAGGGUCAGGCGCCUCCCACCACCUAUGAGCCAUUUAGAAGUCGCGUGUAG